AUGAGGAAGCGAUCCGUUGGUGAGCCCCCCCGUCGGCUUGACCUCCACAAGGAGCUCGCCUUCCAAAGGGAGACCAUCAAACUGAGAAAGGCACUCCUAAAUGCGUACACCUUCGAGCUGUUUUACAAGAAAGGCUUGGAGUUAAAAAAUGACUACGUGGGGAUGAUUAGGGGGGGAGAUUCUGCGGAUGGAGGGGUGCGGCGUGGCUUCCCAGGUGGAGAGAUGCGGCGUCGCUUCCCAGAUGGGGAUGGCCAGAUGCGGGGUGGCCUCCCAGAUGGGGAAACCUCGCUGCGAAAAAGGGUGAGCCGCAUUAACCGCGAGUUCGCGAAGGCACAUCAGGUGAGGGGACCCUACCACGUGGGCUCAGUGGAGAUGAACAGACACGUCUGCUUCCUGGAGAAGGACACCUUUAACAGGUUCCUCUUCAGCCUGCGCAUCGGAGGGUCUGGCUAUUCGCUUGACGAGAGGGACGCUUAUCUGUACCGGCUCUUCGUGCGGUUUGUGCGGUUAAAGCGGUGUGUGCAGCGUUUGCGGCGUGAGCGGCGCGUCCAGAUUGCUAGGGGGGAGUCGGGCAGGAGACGUAGCGGGAGACGUAGCGGGAGACGUGGCCACCCCCUUGACAGCACAGACGAGCGAAAGGACGCGCCCCUUUUCUGCGACGCCCGCUACGUUAACCAGUUCUGCUCAUUCGUCGCCCCCCUCGUGAGGCGCCAGAGGGGGAACCCCCACUUGGCAUUUCUAAAGCGGUACGUCAGCAGCUUGGAAUUUGGCCACAUGAGUAAACCCCAGGGGAGGGAGAGAAGCUCCUCAUGGGGGGAAACGCCCCUCCGUUGUAGCGUCCAAAUUGGGACUCCCCAAAAUGGGAAUGACAAACGUAUGAGCACAAGGAGGAAACACUCUCCAAUUUAUAUGACGCUCUCCAUUUGCGUGGAACCCCCCACAUAUAACCUCUCCAUGCAUAGGAAGAGGAUGAGGACACGCCCCCUGAAAGCGCAUCGGCAGCAUCUCAAGUGCGCACAACACCAGAUCAAAGUCAACGGAGCGAAAGUUAAACACUCCGUUGGGAGAUUCAUUUUGGGGCACUUAUACGACAGCCUAGUGAACUCACUUUUCUGCUCCCUGGUGAGGAGAAGCAGCCAACUUAAAUGGGACUUCCUUCCUUCGGACGUUGGCAGCGGUUCGCAUUCUUAUGGGGAGGAGGAGCAGCAGCAGGGGGAGGUCUUCUCGGGGGGGAAGCCCCACUUGCAAGAAACCCCUUUUGAGGUGAGUGAGCCGACUAAGAAUGCCCUUUCGGAAUGCCUACAGGCGUUUUUCACACACGGGCAUGCGCACCACAGGGUGGGGACAAAGGAAGAGCAGAUUCUCCUCGAAGGUAGUGUCCGCAACUUACUGGAGGAUGACGUGAGGAGGCUCCUCCAGCUGACCGUCGUGAAUGUCACUCUCCUGUGUGAGCGGCUGCCUCUGGGGUACCUCUUCCCGGUGUUUCUUUUUUAUUUCCUCUUUUUAAACAUCCCCCUGGGGGGUAGAACCGGGAGGAGCGGUUUCCCCUGCCAGGGCGGGGCAUCCGAUUGGAAGCGCCGCAGUGGUGAAGAAGGCCCAACUGGCAAUGAUCGGCGUGCAGACGGGGGUUGUGACCCCCCCAGGAGGAAGGAAAACGGGGUGAAGCAGAGGGAAGGGUGCCUCCUCUGUUUAUACGAUGCACUACUACGGAACAGAAAAAUGACCCCCCUGGAGAGGAAGAAACGGUUUGUCUUCGCGGUGAUGGAUGCCCUUCGGAAGAGUUACGUCGAGCCGGUCGACCAGGAGCAAUCCAUUUUGAGUCUUCACUUUGGCAGCCUCCUGAACAGUGUGCGUAUUCCCCAGGAGGAAUUGCCACUUACAUCAUCUGAAGGGAACGGAGAUGAAGGCACUCAUCACCACUCCCCCCUUUGCUGCCACCCCUGCGGGGGACAAAACACUCGGAAGCGCCUCAAACUGGGGGAAGGGAAAGAGGCCAACCCGGUUAAGAGGGAGAAGUGGCCCCGGUGCCACGACGUCCGGCGUAUUUUCCAACGCUGCUUUGAACGGAUGAACAGGAAGGAGUCCAUUUUAGGCCACCUCAACGGGUUGAUAAAUCCCAAGGGGGGCUACUCCCUCAAUGGGGACUGCCAAAAGGGGAAAAGAGGGAAAAAAAAAAAGAAAAAUACCGCCAAGAAGUGUACUCUGUUUUGUAUCGCUUCCCAAAGGGGGAGAGGAGGCCAGUCGGUCAGGGGGCUCCUCAGAGGAGACACAGCAAAGGAGAGCAACCCUUCAGACCGGUUUAGCAAAAAAAGGGGGGCAAACAGAAUAGGAAAAGAAAUACACUCAUUAGGUGCGUCCAACCAGUUGGAAGACGAGCAAGGAGGCCUCCACCGGGACAACCGUCUACAUGAGUACCUCCAUAGGAAAGGAAAAACCUUUUUAGAAAAUCUGAAGAUAUUUUUACGCCCCUUAUUGAGUGCCUUAUAUAGAAAAAGCAUCGUGCGUGUGAACAUGUAUUUUUAUUUGUGCUUGGUCCACUCGUGCGUUUCACUUCAAAGGGGGGAAGCCUUACCAAAGGGCGUGCAUCCUAAAGGAAGAGAAGCGUCAGCAGGGCAAAGAAGCAGAGUGGCACCCACCAGAACUAUGAGCGGACAGCUCUCCAGAAAACCCCAACGGGGAGGCUUCUACAACCCCGUUGAGGAUUACCUCGCAUGUAAGUUCGAUCGAGCAGUUCACCUCCUAUGCACACGCGGUGGGAGCGCUGCAAUCGGUGCAAUAGCAAAGGGGAGGCUACGAUGGCCCACCUCCUAUCUGCAAAACAGUGGGAAGAAACUAAACGUGUGGCUGCUUCUUCUGGUGUAUCGCCUAGCCAACGAGGUGGACCUGCACACCUUUGGGGGGGUCACCCUCCACGUGAGCAAAAGGGUCAACCUCUCCCUCCACAGGGGAAGCAGCCUACCCUCCCAAAUCGUACGCGGGAUGGAACGCAGAAUGGGACGCGGAAUGGGACGCAGAAUGGGACGCAGAACGGAACGCGACAUGGGACGCAGAACGGAACGCGACAUGGAACGCGGAUUGAAACGCCGCAAGAUAAACACAAAGGGGAAGCGAAGGAGGAAUGUCCGUCCAUACAUACGCAGGUUGCUUAAAAGGGUGCCGCUUAAAAACUACAGUCCCUAUGCACACCGGCAAGAAGACUGCUUCUACAUUCAGAGGAAAAACGACGUCGUUGUUUUUAACUUCAGAUCCAAAGGGGGGGGAAACCACUCGGCCGAUGCUCCAAAUGUGUAUUACCAAUUUGAUGGGAAAAAUUAUUUCGUUCACGAAAGGGAGUAUAUGGCAAAGAGGGCAUGCAAAAUAAAGUGCGUAAAUUUGUGCCUACUAUUUUAUAGGUAUUGCUUUUUUUUUUAUAAGAGAAAUCCGCUUGUGUUUUCGUUCCUCUUUAACCGUGUGUUUUGCGUUUGCCCUGGAUGCUUGGGCAGGUACUUGGUGCUGGGCAGGGCCGCCAAUUUAGGCUCCCCCCCCGCGGAAGACCCAUCAUAUAGGUAUCAUUCUUCCUUUGCCAUCUGUGGACCCCCCGCGAAAGACGCAACACCGCACGACUGUUUUUACAAGCAAAUCGGGAUGCUCAUAAAAAACCGAAAGAACAUUUUCGUGCGUCACUUCCACUUCCUGGCCCUCUUCCUCAUGAUGCGGUACCACACGUUGGUUGGAAAUGUCCGCCACUCGGGGUUGCAGAGCUGCGUGCCGAAGCGAGUAAUGACCCUGCUGCGGAGAAAGCUGAAAAUCAAGCGGGAGUGCUUCUCCUCCCCCCUCAAUGCAGUUCUUCCCUCCUACUGCUCCUUCUUCCCAGACAUCGAUACAUUUUUCGGGAGCUCGGGCAACUUCUUUGAGUUCCCGUUGCGCAGCGGAGCGUACGAAGUCAACCCCCCGUUCGAUGUGUACCUGAUUAACCAACUGAUCGUGUACAUUCUGCACCACUUAAGGAAGGAGGAGCACCAGCUGACGUUUUUCCUGGUCAUCCCGAUGCUGCAAGAUAAGAAUUACUUUUUCGAGCUGCUCUCUGGGUCUCCCUACUUGUCCGCUCACUUUUUGUUGGCGCGAAAUUCUUACACCUUUUCGACGAGACUGUUGGAGAGCAGGGAAGAAGAGUACAUUUCUACGUGCGACUGCUUCGUUUUCAUUUUGCAAAAUGAAAAGGCAAAAAUUCAAAAGGGGGUAAUUAACAAGAAGGUUGCGUUGAAAAUAAAGAAGAGGUGGGAAAAUCUGAGUAACGUAAAACAAAAAAAAGGAAUAAGCUGGACGGAUAGGUGGACACGUGAGGAAAGCGACCCGUGAUGGGGAUUCACUACAGGUGUGUAAAAAGUUACAUAAUUUGUAGAUACGGUGCGGUCGCUCAACUUGGGUUG